AUGGUGCGCGGAAUGGCGCUCGCACGCGUGCAUCGCCACAUUCAGCUCGUGUAUCGCCGUACCCUGAGCGCAUUCGAACAUCAACGGGAACACCACCACCUCCAGGACCAAUACGACGGCGGACACCACCAGCCGUAA